AAGGGUAAAGAACUGAGCGGAGUCACCAACAGUCUGAGUUUGCUGCUUUGAAAACAACUUUUUCAUGGACACAACGGAAUUAUGGAGCCUCCUUCACAGGUGUCAAUUUCAGAAAAGAAGAAGGAAAUACAGAAACGAGAGGCUGAUGCCACAGUCUACAUGAAUUUCAUGAAGAGUCACUGCUGCUACGACGCCAUUCCAAUCAGCUGUAAACUGGUCAUAUUUGAUACCACACUACAAGUGAAAAAGGCCUUUUUUGCACUGGUGACAAAUGGCUUGAGGGCUGCGCCUCUAUGGGACAGCAAGUUACAGAGAUUUGUGGGUAUGCUGACUAUUACAGAUUUCAUCAACAUCCUCCAUUGCUAUUACAAGUCUCCUAUGGUUCAAAUGUAUGAGCUGGAGAACCACAAGAUUGAGACAUGGAGAGAUGUCUACUUGCAGUAUUCCAAUCACUUCCUCAUUAGUAUUUCUCCAGAGGCCAGCCUCUUUGAUGCCAUCUAUUCCUUACUCAAAUAUAAGAUCCACAGGCUGCCCGUCAUCGAUCCAGAGUCUGGAAAUGUCCUGCAUAUUCUAACCCACAAAAGAAUCCUCAAGUUCCUCCAUAUAUUUGGAAAAAAAGUUCCCACGCCCGCGUUCAUUCGGAGGGAGAUCCAGGAGCUCGGGAUCGGAACUUUCAGGAACAUCGCCACUGUUCAGCAAGCGGCAUCACUUUAUGAUGCCCUCUCCAUAUUCGUGGAAAGGCGGGUGUCUGCACUGCCAGUGGUGGAUGAACAAGGCAAAGUGGUGGCACUCUACUCAAGAUUUGAUGUGAUUAAAUUUCGGGGGAAACCUCUCCUUGGUCCCUGGCAGAAUCUAGCAGCCCAGAAGAGUUACAACAAUCUGGACAUGACUAUGCAGGAGGCUCUUCGCAGGCGCGCAUGUUUUGUUGAGGGAGUAAUCAAGUGCUAUCCGGAUGAAACCCUGGAGACUAUCAUAGACCGCAUUGUCAAAGCUGAGGUCCAUCGGCUGGUCCUUGUGGACAGGGCUGAUGUGGUGAAGGGCAUCGUCUCUCUGUCUGACCUGCUGCAGGCCAUGGUCUUAACCCCUGUUGGUAUUGAAGCCCUUUUGUCCUAGAACCAGGGGACGGAGGGUCCCCUUCUCUCCUUUACCACCUGUGUAGCCUUGAGUCCUGGCCAUGUACCCAGGCAGGUAGGCUCUGGAGCCUCUCUCCCACCCCCAAACAACCCCUUCCCCAUUCUGUUGUCUGGUUACCAGCACUCAGAGGCUUUGACCCUACAUGUCAUCUUGUCAUGUGUUUCUCAUUGCAAUAGAAACCCUUUCUGCUGCUUUCACAUUAGCUUAGCAGAGUUUUGUGCAAAUGACCAAAUCAUGCACGUGAACACAUUGACAUGCAUAUAUGCUCUCACUCACACAACCCCAGCUGCUGGGCUGCUGCCUUGCAAGCAAGGAUCACAUCCAAUUUUUGAGGCUUCUCAUCAUAGUCCAUAGAAUGAUCGUAGCUUUUGCUUGUG